GACAGUCUCAAAGUGAGGAGACGGUUGUCUUCUAUAAAUAGGAUAAAGAAGGAUUGACAUACAAUUUUCACUUAACAUAGUGUGAUAUAAGAAAAAAAUUGAGAAAAAGAUGAAGGGUGCUGUGAAAGGAAAAGAAGAGAGGGAUAGGAAGAGAAGAAGAGAUUUGAGAUGGAAGGAAAAGAAGGAUGGGAAGAAGAGAAAAUUUGGAGAUUUUGGAAGGAAGAGAAAAUUUGAGGAAUCGAAAGAAUCAAAACCCCUCCAGAAAUCAAACAGAAGCCAAACUGACGUUGCCCUUAGCAUCACGAAAGGUUUGUUCGAUUCUAAGGACAAGAACAUUGUGUUUUCUCCCUUGUCUCUUCAAGUCGUGCUCAGCAUCAUCGCCGCUGGUUCUGAUGGCUCCACACUCGACGAGCUUCUCUCCUUCCUCGGAUCCAAUUCCACUGACCAUCUCAACUCCUUCGCCUCUCAGCUCAUCUCCACCGUGCUCUCCGAUGCUGCUCCUGCCGGCGGUCCUCGCCUUUGUUUUGCCAACAGCGUGUGGGUUGAAAAAUCCCUUCCUGUUAACCAUUCCUUCAAACAAGUCAUGAACACUGAUUAUAAGGCCACUUUAACAUCUGUUGAUUUCUGCACUAAGGCUCUUCAGGUGGCCAGGGAAGUGAAUUUAUGGGCUGAGAAAGAGACAAAAGGCCUUAUCAAAGACCUUCUUCCUCCUGGGUCAGUUGGCCACUUAACCAGACUUAUCUUUGUAAAUGCAUUGUACUUCAAAGGUAAAUGGAUUGAGAAGUUUAAGGCUUCAAUGACAAAAGACUAUAAAUUUUACCUUCUUAAUCGCACCUCAGUCAAGGCUCCCUUCAUGGUCAGCAAGGAGAAGCAAUUCAUUAGUGCUUUUAAGGAUUUCAAAGUCCUUGGUCUACCUUAUAAGCAUGGUAAAGACGAGCGUAACUUCUCCAUGUACAUUUUUCUUCCACAUGCAAAAAAUGGGCUGUCAGAUUUGGUGGAGCUGGUGACUUCAAAAUCUGGGUUCCUCGAAAGCAAGCUUCCUAAUCAUAAAGUUGAAGUAGGUGACUUCAGGAUUCCCAAAUUCAAAAUUUCUUUUGAUUUUGAAGCUUCUCUUCUUCUUAAGAAGCUGGGAGUGGUUUUGCCUUUCUCUCAAUCUGAUGCCGAUUUGACGAAAAUGGUGGAUUCUCCCAAUGGUCGAGGAGACUUACAUGUUUAUGAGGUAUUUCACAAGUCUUUCAUUGAAGUAAAUGAAGAAGGCACUGAAGCUGCAGCAGCGAGUGCUUGUAUAUUAAAAUACAAGGGUGUGCGAACACCACCGACUCGGCUAGACUUCGUAGCUGACCAUCCUUUCAUGUUCCUGAUCAGAGAAGAUUUGUCUGGAACAAUACUAUUUAUUGGGCAGGUGCUCAAUCCACUUGAUGGGUGAUAAUAACAUCCUAAGUGAAACUUAAGCCCUUAUUAUGCUGUUUUGUUUUUCUUAGUUAAUGUGAUUUCAAGUAGAGGAAAAUUCACAAUUUGUUUAUGCAUUUUAUGAAUAUCUUGAACUGCACUCCUUUUGAAGAUGUAUUGCUUCAGAGUUGGAUCUUGCAACUUAUCUAUCCCUCUUACUGAUAGCUCUUCUUGAGUUGAAUGUUACACUUAUGUGGCAGUGAAGCGUUGGAGAGAUUUACACGAAAACACUAAGGUAAAAGUUUGGGGUGUUGUUUUUAGAUGAAUCUAAAUUGCAAAACAAGUUCUGUUUUGAA